CCCCCCCCCCCCUUUCACAACAAAACUGACACCCAAAUCUCCGCUUCCUAAAAUAUAUUAAUAAUUUUCUCGAGAAAAUUCCCGCAUUUUCUGUAAAAAGAAAAACCUCCCCGUCCUUAGAGAAACCCUAGAUGUCAACGUCAAGCCAAACUCAGUUCCGUUAUACCCAGACACCAUCGAAGGUCCUGCAUCUCCGUAAUCUCCCAUGGGAGUGUACAGAAGAGGAACUCGUUGAGCUUUGUAAACCCUUUGGGAAGAUCGUUAACACUAAGUGCAAUGUCGGCGCCAAUCGGAACCAAGCUUUUGUUGAAUUUGUAGACUUAAAUCAGGCUAUUUCAAUGGUUUCAUACUAUGCUUCGUCUUCGGAGCCGGCACAGGUUCGUGGAAAAACGGUAUAUAUUCAAUAUUCAAACAGACAUGAAAUUGUCAACAACAAAAGUCCUGGAGAUACCCCAGGAAAUGUUUUGCUGGUUACCAUUGAGGGUGUGGAAGCUAAUGAUGUGACCAUUGAGACAAUUCACUUGGUAUUUUCUGCAUUUGGUUUUGUGCAUAAAAUUGCUACUUUUGAAAAGGCUGCGGGAUUCCAAGCAUUAAUCCAAUUCACUGAUGCUGAAACUGCAUCUUCAGCAAGGAAUGCCUUGGACGGUAGAAGUAUUCCCAGGUACUUGCUUCCAGAUCAUGUUACUUCUUGUCACCUGCGAAUUUCGUAUUCUGCACACACUGAUCUGAAUAUCAAGUUUCAGUCUCAUCGGAGCAGGGAUUAUACCAAUCCAUACCUUCCUGUCAAUCCAACUGCGAUGGAGGGACUCAUGCAGCCUGUAGUUGGUCCUGAUGGAAAAAAGCAAGAACCUCAGAGUAAUGUGCUACUUGCUUCAAUUGAAAAUAUGCAGUAUGCUGUGACAGUUGAUGUUCUUCACUCGGUAUUCUCUGCAUUUGGCACUGUCCAAAAGAUUGCUAUAUUUGAGAAGAAUGGCGGAACACAGGCACUAAUUCAAUAUCCGGAUGUCACGACUGCAGCUGUCGCCAAAGAAUCCUUAGAGGGACACUGCAUAUAUGAGGGUGGCUAUUGUAAGCUUCAUCUAUCAUACUCUCGUCAUACUGAUCUCAAUGUAAAGGCUUACAGUGAUAAAAGUAGAGAUUACACAAUCUCAGACCUAAGCUUGCUUGCGACACAAGGUCCAGGUAUGCCUGCCACUCCAAAUACUUGGCAGAAUCCUCAGAAUGCUCCAUUAUACCCUGGGACUGACUAUGCAGCUUCAGCAGCAAUGCAAGCUCAACCCUCUGCUGGACAAGUUCCUGCUUGGGAUCCAAGUUUACAGGCUAGACCAUCAUAUGGAUCAGUGCCUGGGACUGUUCCUGGUCAAGCAUAUCAAGCGUCUGCAGUCCCUACAUACAUGAAUGCUGCGCCACCUGCUGGUUCAUCACCCCUUUCCCAACCUGGUGCAACUUCCAUGAGAAUGCCACCUCCAGGUGGUGCACCACUGCUAGGUCAGCCUCCCUAUUAUGGUCAAUGAUUCCUUUCCCGAGUUCCAAAUGAAUUGAAAUUGGAUCUCUUGGUGCGCAAUCUCUGACCCUUUAUGAUUUAAGUUAAAUUAUUUGUUGGUUUGGAAGUGUUUUUGUUUUCCUCAAUCCAUCUCCAUCACUGAUGUAAAAGGAGCUUAAAUUCAAAAUGAUUGGGUAGAAAUCUAUGUGCAAGACAUGCUUUUAUA